AACCCCAAAUAAACUGUAAAGAAGAGUGACGUCAGCAGUAUAUUUGGUCGGAAAAAUGCAGUUUUCACUUCCUAUUGUUUGACUUGAAGUAACGAAAGUGGCUCUCGUCGUGUUGGUUGCUCUUUGUGCCUUUUACGCCACAUUAUCCAACAAGCCGCAAGCAACACAGAACAGCAUGUCCGCCAAUCUCCCCCGUCAUAUUAUCUGGGAGUCGGAGCGCCUGGUGGCCUACCUCCACCCCCGCCCUUGGACGCCCGGCUGUGUGAUCCUGGAGCGCCGCACGCCCCGAUCGCUGGCAGGGAGCAUCUUCCACCUGGAGGAGGCCGAGUAUCUGUCCUGGAUGCUGGGGGCAAGAGAUGUGGCGAAGCUGCUGUGCGACAAACUCCUGGUGCAGAGGUGCGCGCUGGUGGCCAGACCGCUUGUGGAUAAACCUGCUCAGAUUCGAGUUUUCCCCCUCCACGGCCUGGAUGCGCAGUGGCAGCCCCUCCUGGCAGGGGAGGAGGAGCACAACUCUCAUGACCCAGGCUACACCACCUCCAAGACGGCGCCUCGAUGGAGCGACGCCCACCUUACUGAAAUUCAAUCCCGGAUCCGAGCCAAACUCCCAAACCCAGACGCUCCACCCAAUCUCACCUUCCUGGGGGACAACCAGCGCCACCCCGGCCUCUUCCCCCGCAUCGUUCGGGGCGAGGAGCCACAGUGGCGAGUGUGGGAGGACGAGGGUCACGUGUCCUUUCUCACCCCGUUCCCCAAUGCUCCUGGCUUCACUGUGCUCGUCCCACGCCGGCCCUUGACGUCAGACAUAUUCCGUCUUGAUAAGAGCGACUACGAGGGGCUGGUGGUGGCCGCCCGGAAGGUGUCUCAUCUUCUGGAGAAGGGUUUGGGUGCCUGGGGAGUUGGGCUAAUAUUUGAGGGGUUUGAGAUAGACUAUGCUCAUGCAAAGCUAAUACCGCUGCUGCAGCUACCGUCUUCCAGGGAGAGAGACCAUGCCGCUGCGUCCGCAAAUCCCCGGUUCUAUCCCUUGUACCCUGGUUUUGUCACAUCAGAAGACGGGCCUGAAGCUUCCUUGGAGAGUUUGGAUGAGAUGCAUGCCAAAAUUACCCAGAAGUGAUAAACCUUCAACAUGGAAGUUAUCAUUAAAAUACCUUUUUUUUUUGUAAUCAUUCAACAUCGAGAUACUGAUUAAAAUAUAUAUUUCUGUAAACAA